UUCUCAGAUCCAACAUCGACGCGUGCCCGUGACUGCAGAACCAGUGCCAUAUCUAUCUGGGAUUGAUUAUUCCUCAAUACCUUCCAGCAUUCCACUCAGUCGUUUUGAGGCCUAGCUCAGGCAAUGUCGUCGAUCCCGACUCUACCUUUACGCUCGUCUCUGCUGGGUUGAGCCCGGCUUGUAUGGCUUAUCGGGAGCAUUCCCAUGUCUGUGUUGACAGUACGGAUGAUGCAAGCCAUGACAUCACCGACUCUCAGUCCAGUCUCUCCGUCCACCCUGAGCAGCAUCCAACAGACAGCUCUUUGGUCGACCUUACAAUUGACUUUGGCCCACAACAAGAACAAAACGAAGCAAUCAAAGGGGGGAAGAUCAACCGUUCCAAGUGCAAAUGGGAAGUUGCACCUAUUCGAAAUUUUUUCAAUCGAGAUACUGACUUGAUGAGACACAUCAAACACAUCCACGUUUCACCUCGAACAUACUCAUGUAAUAUCAAUAGAUGCCGCAAAUCAUGCAGCAGGAAGGGCAACUUGAUGCAACAUAUUAGAACUCACCAGAAGUCACACCGAGCCCAGCUUGACUUGGUUAAUGGGUCUAGUGUCGAAUAAUCCACUCCAUUUCAACCAGUUGUUCUGUCUGCCUGGAUAUAAGCAGUGCCAACCUGCAGUAUCAUCGUUCUAUAUGCCUUCUGG